AAUGAGUAAUGAUUAGAUCGGGGGAUUCUUUGCCCCACAUGACUAAAGUCAUUUGCAAGAGAGCACUGCGGCAUCUGAUUGAAUCAGUCUGGCUGAUACACAUCAACCAGGAAAACAAGACGUAAUGGCUGCCUGUUGGGCCCUCGGUUUCCUCUGGUUGGCAUAUUUCUGCCACGGUGCUCUGUCAUGUCCGGCUCUUUGCAAAUGCUACUCCAGAAGAGCAGAGGUGGUGUGCGACGAGGUUCCCCUGACGGAGUAUCCCUCCGAGGGCCUGCCGAAGAACACCAGCAUGCUGACGAUCCAGUUCACAAACAUCACCUCCGUCUCUGAGAGGCAUCUGAACGCCACACCCCUGCUGCAAGGGCUCCACCUGAACAGCAACCACCUGCAGCGGCUCUCCUCCAAUCUCCUCGGAGGCGUUCCUCGCCUCAGCACUUUGGAUCUCACGGGAAACCGACUGACGGACCUGCCCGCGGACGUCUUCAGCCACGCUCCGCUCGGCAGCUUGGUGCUGAGGAAUAAUCUGAUUGAGAAGGCGGAUGCAGAGUGGCUUCGGGAUAACAGCAGUAUCACCUGGUUGGACUUGUCUGGAAAUCGUAUGAGAAAGAUCCCGGCCGCUUUGCUCCAGAAGCUGCCGCACCUUGAGAAUCUGGACCUCUCCAACAACCGUCUGGAGACCAUCUCUGCAAAUUCUCUGGACCCGCUCGCCAAACUGGAGAGGCUUAACCUGCAGGACAACAAGCUGGACGCCCUGGAUGCAUCGGUGCUCCGGAGCACCCGCAACCUCACCUAUCUGUUUCUCUCUCGGAACAAGCUCAGCAAACUCCCCCAAAACCUGUUUCAGGAGCUCACUGAGCUCAGAGUCCUGAGUCUGGACGACAACCAGCUGAGCCACGUCCCUCCGGGCUCCCUGGACCAGCUGAGCUCCCUGGACGACGAGGGUCUGGACCUGUCCUCCAACCCCUGGCUGUGCGACGGGAAGGCGGGGUACCUCUGGGGGUGGCUGCAGAAGAACGAGAAGAAGGUUUUCCUGCCGGAGACCAUCGUGUGUGCGGCACCUCGGUCCUUAUCAGGGCGUUCAGUCAUGUCACUGACUGAGAGUGAACUGAAUCUUCAGUCUUGACAUUUUCCACCCUCCCGUUGGCUAUUGUCAGAUAUGGUGAUCUACCUAAUUCAGCCCAUCACGACUCUCUUUAUUAGUAUGUAGAAUUGUGCAUUAUUAAAUAUGAUGUGAGUAAAGCAGAUGAGAGUUUGUCUUUCUUUGACACCACUCUAUGUGCCCUAAACAUGAAGCUGCAGCUAUCUUAACUAUUUGCCUAAAUAAGACCUCUGAAAGCCUCUAAA